GUUCAGGGACCUGUUAUAGUAGAGGAUACCUGCUUGUGCUUCAAUGCCCUGGGGGGGCUUCCAGGACCCUACAUAAAAUGGUUCCUGGAAAAACUCAAACCAGAAGGCCUGUACAAGCUGCUGGCUGGGUUUGAAGACAAAUCUGCCUACGCUCUCUGUACCUUUGCAUUCAGUACUGGAAACCCAGAGGAGCCAGUGAAGCUGUUCAAAGGCCAGACUCAUGGGCUGAUAGUGGAGCCCAGAGGCCCUCGAGAUUUUGGCUGGGACCCCUGCUUUCAGCCAGAUGGCUACAACCAGACGUAA